GACCCGUUCUUAAGCGCUAUUUCGCAAUUCCCUUUUAGAAUUUUAAGAUUCAAAUUCAGGCAUUCGUUCUAGUCAAACAAACACCUAUCAGGAUUCAGUAUCCAAAUCCCGCUGUUGACCGUGCUACGAUGUCCAAGGAGUAUGAACGGGCUGCGUUGCUCGUAGUAGAUGUUCAAGAGGACUUCUGUCCACCUGUACUUCCUUCUGCUUUUCUCCCGACCCGCUGAAGCUUACUAUACUCUCCCGCAACCCUUUUAUCAGAAUGGCUCACUUGCCAUCCCAGAAGGUCGCGACAUAAUCCCUGUCAUAAACGAACUUCUUGCUCUGCCUUUCGCAUUGAAGAUUGCUACGAAAGAUCAUCAUCCACCUGGUCAUAUUAGCUUCGCGUCCUCUCAUCCUGGGAAGCAUCCUUUCGUCUCAUAUACCACCAUCGUCAACCCUGCCAAUCCUAAUGAGAAAUAUGAAACAAGACUAUGGCCAGAUCAUUGUAUUAUAGGAACUCCAGGAAAUGAGCUCCUCCCUGAACUCGAUUUGUCCAAGGUCGAUAAAGUCGUGGUGAAAGGUUGUGACCCUCGUGUCGAGAUGUAUUCUGCUUUCCGGUCACCUUUGCGAGAUCCACCAUUAAAGGAGGCCAUCAGCGAACUUGCGGACCUGUUGAGGGAGAACAAUAUUACUCGUGUGUUUGUGGUUGGACUGGCUGGUGAUUAUUGCGUGAAGUAUACAGCUAUUGAUAGUGAGGAGGAGGGAUGGAAGACGGAUGUUGUUGAAGAGGGAAUUCGCUGUGUGAAUGCGGAUGACUGGGAGAAUAUUAAAGCAGAAUUACGGGCGAAAGGUGCUGGCGUUGUGUCUUUGGAGUCGGUGAAGCAGGGCUUCACGGCGAAGGCUGUUCAUUGACUCACGGCUGAAUUAUUCUGUAAUGUAUUUCCACCUGCAGGCGUGUCAAUUUACCAUGGUUUCAGACAUACAUCCUUCUGCGACAAGGGAAAGUACGUGAUGACACCAUCGAUCCCAUUGCCGUUAACAAUAUCCCUUUCAA